AGUUUAUCUUUCUUGCCAAAGACAGCCGUUUUACUGGCAGUAGAUUGUAAAGAAACCGUAUAUCGGUCAGUGGACGCAUGUACAUAUUCGACGACUUAUUAGAUGGCGAUAUAAAAUUAUUUUCGUCAAAAUAUAUUUGAUGUUCUUUGUCUAACAAAGCAUCACCCGAAACGCUCAUGGGUGCCCCGCCUAUUUGAGAAAUUUCCAAUGAAAUGCUUGUUUAUUGUGACGUAACACAGGCAUCCUCAAAUCGCGUUUUUCUCCGUCCAAACGACGGAGGAGGGAUCUGUACCCCGCUUUAAAAGUUCGGUCAACGCUGAGGCUGUUUGUUAUGAGGAUGAGAGACAAACAGCCAGGACUACCCUAUAAAACCCUCUGGAAAUACAGCCACUCUUAUAGUGACUAUUUGUACUUUUUGAUAGGUUUGAUAUAGCAUCACUAGCACCACCAUGGCCACUUCAGCCAGUUCCAAAUUAAGCAAAGCUAUGAAACAGCAGUACAUGGAUCUCCCUCAGGGAGAAAAAGUUCAGGUCAUGUACAUCUGGAUUGAUGGAACCGGAGAGGGAUUGAGAUGCAAAACCAGGACUCUAGACUCUGAACCUAAAUCUGUUGAAGAACUUCCUGAGUGGAACUUUGAUGGUUCCAGCACAUAUCAGGCUGAGGGGUCCAACAGUGACAUGUAUUUGUUCCCUCAAGCCAUGUUCAGAGACCCUUUCAGGAAAGACCCCAACAAACUGGUUCUGUGCGAUGUUCUGAAAUACAACCAUAAACCUGCAGAAACCAAUCUUCGUCAGUCCUGUAAGAAGAUUAUGGAUAUGGUCCAGAACCAGCAUCCUUGGUUUGGAAUGGAACAGGAGUACACUCUUCUCGGCACAGAUGGUCAUCCUUUCGGUUGGCCCUCCAAUGGCUUCCCUGGACCUCAAGGUCCAUAUUACUGUGGUGUUGGAGCUGAUAAGGCCUAUGGACGAGAUGUUGUAGAAGCACAUUAUAGAGCCUGUCUGUAUGCUGGGGUAAAAAUCUGUGGCACCAAUGCUGAAGUCAUGCCUGCACAGUGGGAGUUCCAAGUUGGCCCUUGUGAGGGGAUCGAGAUGGGAGACCAUCUGUGGGUCGCCCGCUUCCUCCUACACAGGGUUUGUGAGGACUUUGGUGUUGUGGCCUCUUUUGACCCCAAGCCUAUUCCAGGUAACUGGAAUGGAGCCGGCUGCCACACCAACUUCAGCACCAAGGAGAUGCGCGAGGAAGGAGGUUUGAAGCAUAUUGAGGAGUCGAUUGAGAAGCUUGGCAAGAGACACCAGUACCAUAUCCGUGCCUACGAUCCUAAAGGAGGGCUGGACAAUGCCAGACGUCUGACUGGCCAUCACGAGACCUCUAACAUUAACGAGUUUUCGGCUGGAGUGGCCAACCGUGGUGCUAGCAUACGAAUUCCACGAUCUGUGGGUCAGGAAAAGAAGGGCUAUUUCGAAGACCGCCGUCCUUCAGCCAACUGUGAUCCAUACGCAGUCACUGAAGCUCUUAUACGCACAUGUCUGCUCAACGAAGAGGGUGAAGUGCCAGAGAAAUACAUGUGAAAGACUGGACUGAAGCGUUAUUUUAAUAACAAAAUCUAUCUACAGACUCCUUGUAUUUUGAAUUCAUUAGCUGUCUAAAAUGAGGUAUGACAGUAGAUGGAUCUUUACUCCUUUUGUUGGUUGUAGAAACGCACAUUGGGUCAGUUUAUCCUACAAUUUUAGCUUUUUCACUGUCGGUUUCUUUUUGUGAUAAGCUUCGUAAUGAUACCCGAUCCGGUCAAAUGUCUGAUAGAGAUGGACAUUUGCACCCAUCAUUACUACUACUUGGCCUUUAUACCUGAAGCUGUUCAGUGUAUUGACUUGUUUUUAAUGUCAUUCAAUUUUAACUUCUUUUUUUAUAUAUAUAAACUAAUUGUAGAUAUUUUAAUGCAUAUCAUAGUCAGUUUUAGACUUUUCACGGGUUAUAAAUUAUGGCACUAUUUCUCACAAGGACCAAAAUACAUUGUACUUGUAUGGCGCUGACUGUUGCUCAAAGGGUUAUUUCAUUUUUGCAGUUCCAGGUUUCAGAAAACACUAUUAACUUGUCUUAUUAAAAGAAUUUUAUUAAAAUGUAAUCUCACUGUUACUUUUUUUUCUUUCUCUUUAAAGAAAAAAAUAACAUAUAUAUAUAUAUAUAUAUAUAUAUAUAUAUAUAUAUAUAUAUAUAUAUAUAUAUAUAUAUAUAUAUAUAUAUAUUUUUUUUUUUUUUUUUUUAUUUAUUAUUUUAUUUUUAUUUUUUUGCCUAAAACUUGAAAUUUAGCAUCACCUUUGCCAAAUAAAUGAGGUUUUUCCAUUAGUUUUCAAUUAUUGCAGUUAAAGUUAUUACUUGUGUUGUUAAUCUUUAACAAAUUUUAGUCAAAAUACAAGUAAAAUGGCUACAAGCACCAAACUUUUUGCAAAGUUUUGUCUGCAUGUGACAAUAUUGUUAAAAUUCUCUCUGAAAUACUAGACACCUACUCAAGUGCCAUGUUGUUCUGACUGUUAAGUACUCACAUAAACCUGUAGACUGAAUGGGUAAUUCUCAAACAUUCCCCCUUUUUAACAAAAUUCUAUUUUUGUCUGGUAUUAUUAAAAACGUAAUCUUUUAAA